UUCUUUUUCUUUUUCUUUUUCAACCUCUAUUCUCCCUAAUUCCCCUUUAUCUUCAUCUACUUAAAGAGGUUUGGAGAGAGAUAGCAAGAGCUUUAAACCCUAGCUAGUAUCCUUGGUAAACCUAUAACUAUAUCACUCUUUCACUACUUUCAAUUUCAUUUCCACACCCCAUUUUCCUCAAAAAGAAUAUAGUAAACUUUUUAGAUGCAGGUUGUGCUUAAUUUGUACUGAAUAUGGGCUCAAAUAACUGGCUUUCAUUUCCACUUUCUCCAACUCAUCAUCCUUCAUUACCACCUCAUCUUCAACCAAAUCAAUCUCAUCAUCACUUUUCUCUUGGAACAUUAGUCAAUGACAACAUGUUGCAAAACCCUUUCCAAAAUCAUGAUUGGAACUUGAUGAAUAGUAGUCACAACUCAAACGAAGUUCCAAAGGUUGCAGAUUUUCUUGGUGUGAGCAGCAAGAGUACUGAAAAUGAGUCAGAUCUUGCAGCCUAUAAUGAAAUGAAUAGCUCAAAUCAUCAUUCUUUAGAUAAUUACUUGUUCAUGCCGCCAGUACAAAAUAGCUCAGCAACUUCUAGCAACAACUAUGACCAAUAUGAAGAAAACCCUAACAAUAAUCUGCAGUCAUUGACAUUAUCAAUGGGAAGUGGUACUACUAAGGAUUCCACAUGUGAUAAUAAUAUCGUUGAAGCAGCUGCAACACCUAGAAGAGCUUUGGAUACCUUUGGCCAAAGAACAUCAAUAUAUCGUGGUGUAACAAGACAUAGAUGGACCGGAAGGUAUGAAGCUCACCUUUGGGAUAAUACUUGUAGAAGGGAAGGUCAGUCAAGAAAAGGACGUCAAGUUUAUUUAGGUGGGUAUGACAAAGAAGAGAAAGCAGCUAGGGCUUAUGAUUUAGCAGCACUAAAAUACUGGGGGACAUCUACCACUACAAACUUUCCCAUCAGUAACUAUGAGAAGGAAGUAGAAGAUAUGAAGCACAUGACAAGACUAGAAUUUGUUGCCGCCAUAAGAAGAAAGAGCAGUGGAUUUUCAAGGGGUGCAUCAAUGUAUCGUGGAGUCACAAGGCAUCACCAACAUGGAAGAUGGCAAGCAAGAAUUGGUCGAGUCGCGGGAAACAAAGAUCUUUACUUAGGAACUUUUGGUACCGAGGAAGAGGCUGCAGAAGCAUAUGACAUAGCUGCAAUCAAAUUCAGAGGAUUAAACGCAGUAACAAACUUUGACAUGAAUCGUUACGACGUGAAAGCGAUUCUUGAAAGUAUCACUCUCCCAAUAGGAGGAGGUGCUGCAAAAAGAUUAAAAGAAGCACAAGCUCUAGAAUCUUCUAGAAAAAGGGAACAAGAGAUGAUAUCACUAGCAGGCUCAACUUUUCAAUAUGGAAUAUCCUCAAAUUCAAGUAGGAUACAAUUACAAGGUUACCCUUUAAUGCAGUUUGAACAACAUGCACAACAAAACCUAUAUGAUAGUAGUACUCAAGAUACAACGUCGUUUGAUCAUCAGAGUUAUAUACAAACUCAGCUUCAGUUACAACAACAACAAAGUGGAGGAUUCUACAACUACGAUGGUAAUUUCGUUCAGAAUAACCCGAGUUUGAUGAACAUGGGUAUGAUAGAGAAUAAUGGUGGUGGAGGGUAUAUUGGGAAUAUGAAUUGUGCGAAUAACAAUGUUGUUGGUGGGCAUGCAGCGGAGGAAGUUGCAUAUGUUAAGGUUGAUUAUGAAAUGCCUUCAGGAGAUUAUGGAAGUUGGUCGGGUGCAGAUGCUUCAAAUGCUGCUGGUGUUCUUACAAUGUGGAAUGAUCAUUUGACUAACUAACUUGAAGAAGUGAAGAGUUCUCUAUUGAAGAAGUUAACCAAAGUGGUGCAAUACAAAUUAAUUUCUUGUUAUUUUCAUUAUUUAUUUUUCUGUUACAUUGUCACAAACUGAAUUAAAAAAAGAAUUAGGAGUUGACUGUUGACUAGUUUUAUUUUCUGUGGACAAAUGUCUAAUUUUUGUUUUGUUUUGAAGGAAUGGACAAAUGUCUAAUGUCUAGUACUGAUCGAUCAAGUGAUCAUACUCUAUUUUAUGUACAAUUAGUUCGCUAAAUGACCUUCUUCAUGUUUUUUCUUGA